AUGUCCCAGAGCGCACCCGUGUCCCAGAGCGUCAAGGACCCUUUCCAACACCUCCCUUCCGAGAUACGAGAAAUAAUUAUAACUUAUCUUGAAUGUUAUGAUAAUUUCGACAGUCUAUGUCUAGCUUCACCUGUCAUGAGAAAGGAGCGGCGGACAAGUACACUGCUGCUAACAUCGGAAUUCUUGGAACAUACCUUCGGCGGCACACAUGACGGCGCUUUCAUUGAGGCUCAUAUGUACUCGUUGCUUGGUAAAGAUGGACUUUCCAACGAGAACUUUGCGCUCUGGAAGAAGAGGAAGCUUUCGCACCCGCUGUUCUCGAACCGACAGGACAUUGUGUUCCGAAUGAACGCUCUAUACCAUCGCCUGAUGGACUGUUUUAACUUUGGCCCCGAAAUCGUCCCGUGGUUUAUCAAAAAGUUGCCCUACAGCGUAUUCGCUCACUACGCUGCUGCGGCGUUCGGGAGAAAUGGAGAAAGAUUUCCGACAUCACUACAUGACGCAACAGACGCUAAGAAGGGACAAGUCUUUUUCUUUUUGCUUGCGGUACAUAUGGCAGGAAAUCCAUAUAUAUGCGAGCAUGAAGCUUCCCGUAGACAGUACUGCGAGCAAGACAUGGGAUUAAAGGGACAGGAUGUUGUCGUUUGCAAGCCUGACUUUCCCAUCUCGACUAAAGAAGGGGACAAUGCGCGAAGCUUUAUGCAGGACCUUAUGUGCGACGCCUACAGAGUGGAGAUUUAUGGAAGCAGAAUCAAGUCAUUGCUUGAUCGACGUCGAUUGAGGGAUCACGAAGGUUACUAA